UAGUCCAUAUUGUCCGCCAUUUUGUAUGCCUUUCUUUUCGUAGAUCACGUAGAUCGUGCACGUGAUCGUUCAAGAUGUCGUCCCAAUUGAAUUGGAUGAUUAUUCGUAAUAACAAUGCUUUUCUUUUGAAAAAGCGUAAUAUCAAUAAGCCGUUUUCUACGGAACCAAACAAUUUGACCAACCUUAGUAGCUAUCGUUACUCUGGUUUAAUUCAUAGGAAAAGUGUUGGAGUUGUUGACACGCCAGACAAAAAGGGAUUCACAGUAGUUUACAAAAAAGCAAAAGCAGUUAACAAGCCUGCAAAAGCCACUGUUCGGUGUACGAUGAAAGCUGGUGCCCGUCGUUCUUUGUAUAAAUUGAAAAGAUUGCUGUCAAAGAACAAAUAUCGCGUUGACUUGACCAAGGUUGCUUUACGUCGUGCCAGUGCCGUAUUGCGUUCCCAAAAGCCAUUACCUGCUAAAAAAACUCGUGCAACCAAAAAGGCUGAUUAAUUUCUGUACAUUAAUAAAUAUAUGUUUUAAUGUAA